AUGGGGGUCACUACAAGCCUUGACUACAGUAGGAGAGGUGAGACUGAGACUACACGGUACACUGAGGAACAGCCAACAUCACAACCUCCACCCCAUAUCUCUCCCAACCUUAACCUCAACCUCAACCUCAACCUCAACACCAACACUCUCCACUUCACUCCACUCCACCCCACCCCACUUCACUGCAAUGCACUUGCUCACAAAACCACAUCACAGCACGGCACACACCGCACCUCUCUCCUUCUCCUCCCUCCUCCCCUCCCCUACCCCUUCCUCCUCCCCCACCCCAGCAGCAGCCGUGGGCGGGCGAAUGCGGCCGCCCUCGGCUGGAGCGGCCACCGAAACGUCUGCAUGCAAAUAUUAACCAUGGCACAGACCUCGCAGAGAGCGGCAAGACAGCCCAAUGCGUGCAGGGAGCUGUGCGAAGCGAACGCUCGACUAGCACGGCAGCCUGCAUCCGACUACGGUUCCUUACUCUACUCCACCUACUCUAGGAAGGAGAACGCGGGGAGCGGGGAGGAAGGCGGCCUGGAUCCUGACCUCAUUCUCGCCUUCCUUGCAUGGCUGACGGAGAAGCGACCUUCCCGUGAUGAGUCGCCCAUGACCUCAAGACCACCUGCCCCCAUGUCGGCGGCUAUAGCAGGCCGCAGCAGAACGCCCGCAAUGCGUCGUCGGUGUGCUUUCCCCGCCGUGCUCGCCAUCCUUGCCCUGUGGUCACCAGACCUAGCGCUUCUGUGUGCAGCCACAAUGUCGGGGCCACAUUCCGACCUGGACAUUCCCCAUGGACUCCAAAUAGGUAUCGUAGGCACUCUACACACACGCACGAAAACGUGGAAGGAUCGGGCAGAACCAUGUCUUGCUGUUGUCAGCCAUCAAAGUGGGGCUGUACAAGCCCCUCGGCUCCUCACCUACCAAUACCGUACCCUUGUUGACGACGUGUCGCGACAGUCUCGUGCAUCAUCCAUCCACCAGAUAUCGCCAGAGAGGAAGCCCGCCUCUCCCUGCGAUGAGACUGCGACGGCAGCGUACAACUCCCAUUGUCUCUUCCCAGUCGAUUUCCGACUUCUCAAAAGGCAUCCGCUAGUCUCGACCUGGUUUCGGUACUGGGAUGAUAUACAUACUUUGUACCUACCAGUGUAUGGGCAGUCUGUACCCAGUCCAUCCACCUCUUUCUUCCGUGACGGAGGCUGCGACAUGCAACAUGCAACAGGGCAACACAACAUGCGCAGGGGAAAUGUCGAGCGUCGUCCAGAGAGGCUGUCGAGCCCAUGUUGGUGGGGACCGACGAAGAUCGGCACAUUUCCCUCAGAGACGCAUGAGGACAGUGUCAAUGUCAGAAUGCGCCCUCUUGGCCCUUGUGAGGGUGCCGCUAACGUCCAACCACUUCGUAUCCAGGAACGCUUCGUGGACCAUGAAUUUUCGACCAAGCGGGUGACACAAGGGUGGCCCGUCUCUUUUCCAUAUCCCUCCCCUGUCCACCAGCAGGAUGAGCGGGGGCCCCUUGUUUGUCGCUUCUCCCAUGUCUUUCGGUCAAAUUAUGACAAGUCCAACCGAGCGAGGACCCCUCACGUGGCGAAGAAACGCACGCUGCGGAGCGACAGCUGUCAUGGUGAGGUUGCUGUCAUGGCCGAAUUGCUGGCCCGCUUGGACGUCACGUGGCAGCCGAUAUCACAUGCAGCAGCGGGGCGGGCUACUUUCCCCAACCCAACUCCUCUUCCCUUGACCUGUGUUGACGUGUGGGGAGAGUUGCCUGGCCUGUAUUCUGUCAUGGCCGUACUGUGGUAUGGCACGAAGCCGACUAGAACUUCAGAUCCUCUCAAGCGUGAAAUCGUAGAGGAGCGGGGGAAUGGCUUGAUUUGCGCUAAGAGUCCGAAGAAACACAGUCCAUUACCGCGCUUGUGUUUGUGA